UUUACUGUCGCUCUCUUUUCAACCAUGGACUCAAAAAUACUCAUUGAAAUUGUGGGUGUGUUUAAAGACUGCAGUUUCCACGUUGCUAAAAGCAUCGCCGAGGGACUAAAACUGCAGUUUCCUACGGCGUUUCUGGAUCCAGAAAUUAGGCCACUUUUUGAAUUUGAGUGGCACGGGUAUCUCUGCGACAAGAAGAAGGAGCUGCGUGGUGAAGUGUGGCAGUACUCCAGUAGCCUGAUGUGCUUUCUGAACGGCCGUCUCCUCGGUGAUGAAAAGGAUCUCGCCAGCUGGGCCAAGAAUCAGUGGGGUUUCACUUUCACCCAGCCGCAAGCUUUCUACACGACUCUUGCUGAGGAGUACUACAUCGAACACCUCCAGAAAACUGGGCAUCAGUUUGUCUUCAUGGAUGUUGAGAUUGCGGGAGAAGCUGCGGGGAGGUUAAUGUUUGAGCUCUUCUCAGAUAUUUGUCCAAAGACAUCCAAGAACUUUGAGGGUCUGUGCACAGGAGAGCAAGGACUGUCACAGAGUGGCUUCCCACUCUGCUAUAAAGGCUCUCUGUUUCAUCGGAUUGUGCCCAAUGGAUGGGUGCAGGGUGGAGAUAUUUCUCCAGAGAGGAAAGGAAAUGGAGGCGAGUCAAUCUACGGGCUAAUGUUUGAAGAUGAGAAUUUUGUCAUUUCACACACUAAGCGCGGCAUCCUGGGAAUGGCUAAUAAAGGUGCCCACAGCAAUGGAUCCCAGUUCUACAUCACCCUACAGCCAACGCCAUGGAUGGAUAAGACCUAUGUUGCCUUUGGUCAAGUCGUUGAGGGUCUCGAUGUCCUGAGGAGGUUAGAAGAAGCUUCAACUUGCAAUGAAAGACCCAAGUAUGAGUGUAGAAUUACAGCCUGUGGAGUGCUUAAACCAGAGCUCAUAAGCUUUAAUCAUUGAUACAUUUUUAAGCAUUUUUUCCUCAGUUUUUGAAUCAGUAAAAUAAACGUGGUAUGCAUGUUUUCUUUUCCUUUUUUGUUAAAUAAAAGCUUCACAUUUGCAUUUUGAUUUUUUUUUAAACUGCAUUUUUAAGUCAAUAAGCUGUUUCAUUCUUUUUGAUGAAUUAGACACCAUCCGCUAUGUGCACGUUUGACAGAUGUAAAGUUGAUAAACUUGUUAUGGGGCUUUUAUUGUAAUAUUUAUUCGUCUUCUUAGUUCAUCUUCUAUACAAGUAAAACCUGUGAAAUUUGCUUUUUUAUUGAUGUGUACAGAAACUUUUACUGUGAGAGGGAUCUUCACUAAAAACCCAAAUACGUCUACUGGACAGAGAGAGCAGCAGUAAUAAGCUGACAGUUUCAACAGUUAUUGGGGUUGUAAAAGGCAAUUCACAGGUUAUCGCGUAAUGGCAUAAAAACAAAUGAGCUUUUACUUAUGCUUAAAGGAAGUUGGGAAAAUGGCAUACAAUUAAAGUAUGAGAAGUACAGUUUAUCUAUUCUUCUCAAUAGCCAUCCUCUUCAUCACUUUCUACAAGGACUGACAGAGGAUGGCUUUUCUUCCUCAUACCACGAGCACUGCAUUUUUACCUUUGGAGAUCCUUUUUGUAUUAUAUUGAGCUUUUAACAUGGCAACAUUUUUUAAGAUUCUAUUGGCCUCCUUUAUUUCAUUUAAUUUCUUUCUGAUUAAUUUUAAUUAGAUGCUUUUUGUAAAUCCUAACUUUUGGCAUAAAUUGAAGUGAUCCUGGGUCAUUGACCGAGCAUUUUCUGUUUUUUGGAGUCUUAAGUUAAUUUGAUCUUUGUUCAGUUUGAUACUUAGUUUAGCUUUUUGUUCUAGUUACUGUUAUGGUACUGCUUUCACUUUACCCUACUACCCCUUUGUUCCUCAUGGAUAGUCUAGUCUCCCUCAGUGAAUCCCUGUUUCAUUACUUUCUGUGUUAUUUUGUUAGUUGUGUCCUUUAGUUUACAUCUCCAUGUCUCGUUAUUAGAUUUAGGUCACUCCUCUGUAAUUCCAAAAGUGUCUCCACUCUGCCCUCAUAACCUCUUGAGUGUUUAUACCCUCAGUUUGUUUUGUCAUACUGUGGUUAGUGUUGUUACUGCUGUUUCUUGAUAUCUUCCCAGGCUUUUUUCUCUGUUCCAGUGAACUUUGUUUUUAUCUGUUUUUUGGAUUGUUCCAUUUGCACCUCCAACAGAGGUUCUUUAUUUUGAUCAUUGCUUGCUUUUGGGGUCCUCAUACAGCAUUACCUACUGAUGACUAGGGAUGGGUAUUGAUAAGAUUUUCACG